AUGAACACACUAAAACGUCAUCAAACAUGUCCAAAAAUAAACGAUACUAAUAAUAAUAAUCCCAUAAAAAAUGAAAUUGUUAAACGACCAACAAGUGCUAGUAGUAUAAGUGGUAAUUCUUGUUGUGCAACAACAACAAAUCAACGAACUCGUUCAAAUUCAUUCUCUGCAUCUAUAUCAUCAUGUCAACAAAUACAUACAACAUCUCGUUCAUCAUUAAAAACAAAAUUAAAUAAACAAAUAAAUAAUUCAAAUUCAAUAAAACCAUCUGUUCCUCCUAUUUCAACCCAAAGUAAUUUAUUAGAUAAAAUUGAUUUAAAUGAUGAAGAUGAUUUAUUAAUUAAAUAUCAAUCAAAAAAAAAAAAACUCCAAAUAAUAAUGAUGAAAUUAUAUCAACAAUGA